GUGGAUUUGGACCUCGUAUUUUCAUGAAUUACUUUCAGUUUCUCAAACGCAGAACUGAAACACACUUCGGCUCAGUAAAAUGGCAGAAGCCAAUAUUUCAGUGACUCAGGAUCAGUUCAGCUGUUCGAUCUGUCUGGACCUACUAAAGGAUCCAGUGACCAUUCCCUGUGGACACAGUUACUGUAUGAACUGCAUCACAGACUGCUGGAAUCAAGAUGAUCAGAAGGGAAUUUACAGCUGCCCUCAGUGCAGACAGACCUUCACUCCAAGACCUGUUAUAAACAAGAAUGUGGUGUUUGCAGAAAUGGUGGAGAAACUUAAGAAGACAAAAACCCAAACAGCUCGUCCUACUCUCAGUUAUGCUGGACCUGGAGAUGUGGAGUGUGACGUCUGCACUGGGAGAAAAUACAAAGCUGUCAGGUCCUGUCUGAUGUGUCUGAACUCUUACUGUCAAAAUCACCUUGAACAACAUGACAGUUUUUUUAAAGAUAAGAAACACAAUUUGAUUAACGCCACUGGACGACUCAAGGAGAUGAUCUGCUCAAAACAUAACAGACUGCUAGAGGUUUAUUGUCGUACUGACCAGCGAUGUGUUUGUUUGUUGUGCACAAUGAAUGAACACAAAAUUCACACCACUGUUUCAGUGAAAGCAGAGAGGACUGUGAAACAGAAAGAGUUGUUAGACAUUCAAAGAAAGCUCCAGAAAAGAAUCCAGGGAAGAGAGAAGAUGCUUCAAGAGCUCAAAGAGGCUGUGAAGACUCAUAAGCUCUCUGCACAGGCAGCAGUGGAGGACAGUGAGAGGAUCUUUACUGAACUAAUCCGCUCCAUUGAGAGAAGCCGCUCGGAGGUGGUGGAGAUGAUCAGAGAUCAGGAAAAGGCUGAAGUGAAUCGAGCUGAAAGACUCUUGAAGCAGCUGCAGCAGGAGAUUGAUAAUCUGAAGAGGAGAGAUGCUGAGCUGAAGCCACUAUCACAAACAGACAAUCACAUCCAUUUCCUACAGAGUUUUCAGUCUCUCUCUGUUCCUCCUGCAUCCACAAAAAGCAUCAAUGUCAGUUCUCUCCUCACUUAUGAUGAUGUUGGUAAAUCUGUCUCUAUGCUAAGAGAGAAACUUGAGGACUUCUGCAAAGAGGAGAUAAAAAAGAUAUCUGGUAGAGUGACAUACAUGGAGAUUGUUUCCAUCCCUGAACCCGGAUCCAGAGAUGAGUUUUUGCACUAUUCCCGUCAGCUCACCCUGGAUCCAAACACUGCACAUAAAUAUCUCUGUCUGUCUGAAAGCAACAAAGUGGCUACAUUUAUUGGGGCUGACCAGCAGUAUCCUGUUCAUCCAGACCGAUUUCAUGAUUUUUCUCAGGUGUUGUGUAGAGAGAGUGUGUGUGGACGCUGUUACUGGGAGGUGGAGUGGAGUGGUGGUGUGGGAAUUUCAGUGUCGUAUAAGAGCAUUAGUAGGAAGGGAGAAGGUGAUUGUGUAUUUGGAUUUAAUGAUCAGUCAUGGAGAUUUUGCUGCUCUGGCUCUAGUUAUGCAUUCAGGCACAAUAACAAAACAACUAGUCUCUCUGUACCAUCCAGUAUCUGUAGAAUAGGAGUGUACGUGGAUCACAGAGCAGGAAUUCUGUCCUUCUACAGCGUCUCUGGCACAAUGACCCUCAUCCACAAAGUCCAGACCACAUUCACUCAACCGCUCUAUCCUGGGUUUGGGAUAAAUUUAGGAUCAACAGUGAAACUGUUGUCUUAAGGUGAGACACUGCAGGUGAAUAGGGUAAAAAAAAUAACUAAUA